AAGAAGAAAAAAGAAAAUGAAAUGAGUUUACUAACGAAGGUCCAGUUGAUAAAUGGUAUCCUUAAAGCCCAGGAAGAAGAUUAUUGGAUAUAGAGGCAUGCAUAGGUUCUGAUAUCUGGAAAGUAUUUUGAAUGUUUUUACGAAAUUUGUGAGUAGUAUGUGAAGUAAAAGGUAUUUUUGAUGGUAUGUAUGUAUGUAUUAUUGGUGAGGGUGGAUGCAGCAAUGGCAUGUGUACCAAAAUAUGAUGCCCCCAUUAAAUGCAUGGAUGUGAAUGAUGAUAAGGUGCGUUCAAUAUAGUUGGGUGGGGAAAAUAUAAUAAAUAAGAAGAAACUUUUAGCUCCCAACCCUCUUUCAUCAUUUACGUUCCCCAUCUCCAUUUUGUCAAACCCACUAUUCACCAAUUUUCGAUAUCACAAAUAAAGCUAUGUUCCCCACUUAACACCACCACCAUUAUCACCUUAACUGCAUCUUCCAUUAUUUAUUCACACCAUUUUUCCCAUAACACUAUAAUUAACCUACAAAACAAACCUUAAAAACGCCCUCAAAUUACAAAUAACAACACCAGAUUAAUAAUAAUAACAAUAGCAUUAAAAAAAUCAUCUAGGGAAAGAUGAAUUCAAAUCCAUGCAACGUUUCCAGUUGACUCUCAGCACCACGCCAAUAAAUAACACCUUGCUAAAUUUUCAAUAUUUUUCUUAAUAUUAAUAUUAAUAUUAGUGCGAUUAAAUUUACUAAUAUAAUAAUCACGAAAUAAAUGUACUUGUAUUGUGAGAGCUAUCUUUCUUUCUUUCUUUCUUUUCUUUCUUUCUUUUCUUUUCUUCUAGCUAACUCUUCAUCUUCUUCUUGUUAUUCUUCGUUUUCUCUCUCUUCUCUGGUUUUUGUACCUGUGCUGUUACUGCACUGUCUUCUUCUCAUUUGCCGAGGUCCAAGGCCUAACCGGAGAGAGGGGUUCGAUUUCGCCGGAGUGGAAUCUCCGGCGAUAAUUACCGACGGAGGGGAUCGGAUCAGUUCUUGAGAGAUAAAGUGUGGUCAGGUUAGCCAGGGAGAGAGUGUGAGGGGGGGAAAAUGUACAAAAACCAGCUUCAGGAGCUGGCACAGCGAAGCUGCUUCAACCUGCCUUCCUACACGUGCAUUCGGGAAGGUCCUGAUCACGCGCCGCGUUUCAAGGCCACGGUUAACUUCAACGGCGAGAUCUUCGAGAGCCCUCAAUACUGCUCCACGCUCCGUCAGGCGGAGCACUCCGCCGCCGAGGUCGCGCUCAAUUCGCUCUCCAACCGUGCUCCCUCUCACUCCCUCGCCGCCAGGAUCCUCGAUGAAACGGGAGUGUACAAGAACCUCCUGCAGGAAAUUGCACAGAGGGUAGCGGCGCCAUUGCCGCAGUACUUUACGUUCAGGUCAGGCUUAGGACAUCUUCCUGUGUUUACUGGGACAGUGGAGUUAGCUGGAAUUAUGUUUACUGGUGAACCUGCUAAGAACAAGAAACAAGCGGAGAAAAAUGCAGCUAUGGCGGCUUGGUCUUCUCUAAAGCAAUUGGCAAAAGAAACUGCAAGCUCUUCAACUGAACCUGAGAACAACGACGAACUAGAACAGAUCACUAUAGCACGGGCUUUGCGAAACUACCGUCUGAAGGAAAAGAUUUCAAUGUCAAAUCCAAAUGCGCCUAUUCCAUUUCCAAAGAAGUUUCAAAUUCAAAAUCCCAGGCCAACGAGUCCUCAGCCUCCUCCUGCUGCUACAUCAAAGAUUCUUCCCUUAAUAUGCCAAAAGGCUGCUUCUCGAAGCAGGCAUCCAGCCGCAGCAUCUCCAGCACCAGCAGUCAGUGACAAUUCUGCGAUGCCACAACUCUCUGCCACAUCAGAUAGUCGAAGAAUUCGCCGCCCUAAGUUCCCUGCUGCUGGAGCAGCACCUUAUGUUCCCAUUAGACAAAUGAGACCACCUUGCCAGGGAAUGGCACCUCCAGUGACGAUAAGGACUGCUAUACCUGUAUUCUCUCCAGCACCUCCAACAGCCGCCACAAUGUCCCUUCCAGUACUACGAGCUCCUCCUGUACGAGUUGCUCCUCCUGUUACCAUUAGGCAAGCUGUUCCAGUAUUUGCGGCUCCACCUGUAAGAGUAGAGGAAUCUGUUCCCAGCCUUACCAGCCUAGAACCCGUUCCUACCCCAAAAGACGAUGCUCAAACUAUUAGUUCCCCCAGCCUGGAAGACAAACUACCAGUUAAAACUCCAGAGACAGAGAUGAAGACUGAGAAAAUUCCAGCUGAAUCUGAGACAGUGCAGAGCUUGGCGCAGCUGAAAAUUUGAUGCUUCAUUGGAGUUGAGGUCUGAAUCCAUGAGAAUGUGAUCAUGGUUCUAUGACGAUGUAGAGUUUGCUUCUCAUGUUAUAAUGAGUGAUGUAAUAUCAUCCCUUCCUUUUGUCCUGUUAAAAUCCGACAGUUGGUGCCGGAUAGCAUCAGCGGUCCAAAUAUCUGUGAAAUUGAAGAGCGGUUUACCAUAUAAUUUCCCUUUUUUAUGUAGUUAGUCAUUUACUAUUUAUUAUGCA